CUACCUGCAAGACAGAUGCACUGUUUCAGCUAUAAAGGGGAAGAAAACUUGCAGAAAACAUUUGCAACACAUUUUUACCACACAUUUUACCAUGUAGAAGUGAAGGACCUUAGUCUCUCUGAGCUGAACAUCGGAUGUGAACAUCGCUCAAUGAUGGUUGUGUGGAUGAUGUCACUGAGAUUGACUCCUUCCCUUUCUCUGCUGUUUCUGCUCCUGAUUUCAGUUGUUGUUGCUCAAAAUGACAGGAGUGUGAAAUACACACAAAAUUCUAUCUGUGCUGUAAGGGGAUCUACAGUGACCAUGGGCUGCAGUUACAUAUAUAACUCCAUUAAUUCAACCAAUUCCACAUUUCACAGAGCUUUUUGGUUUGCUAAUUCGUUUCCAUAUGCAGACCUGUCUACAGACGCACGAUACGGACACAGGGUUCAGUAUCUCAGAGACACUCCACAUGACUGCAGCCUCAGAAUCAAAAAUGUUAUGCAAAAAGACAGUAACAAAUAUUUUGUCAGCUUUAACACAUCAGCUGGAGUGUUUCCAAAUAAGAAUGGGGUUGAGCUUAAGGUCACAGCGCUCCAGCUAAAGAUUAUUCCUGAUAUAGUUUUUGAAGGAGACGAAGUGAAUUUCACAUGUGAAACCACCUGCAGCCUGAGCAUGAACCCAAAAUAUUUUGUCUGGACCAAUUCUUCCUAUAAUUAUUAUACAUCUUCCUCAAACCUGCUCCGUCUGCCGUCAGUCAAUCAGAGACAUGCUGGAAUUUACCGCUGUGCUGUAGAAGUACAAAAUUAUCUCUCCCCUCAAGUCAAACUUACUGUCAGGAAAAGAUCACAAUCUAUGGCUGCAAAUACAGGUCAGUUUAUUAAAAACAGUUCCAAAACAGACAAGAGGAAAAAAAACAUGUCAGAGUAAAACAAUGAUCAACACAAUAGCAAAACUGAGUCAAGAAAUAAAAAAGCUUUACAGAUUACAGAACAGAAUGAUUGUUCAACAAAGAAACAGGAAACAAAAGUUGCUUUUAAACAGUAACUUAGUAAACGGGACUAAGCUUUUGAAAACAGGUAACACUAUUUAAAGCA